AUGUCGGUGGCUCUCAAAGAGGUGCUUGCCCUGCAGCUGUCUACGGCGGCGCGGCGUGGCGAGGAAGGCGCGCUGGCAGUGGUCCACGCCGGCGCACUGCCUGUUCUCACGGCAGUACUGAAUCGCGAGCUCGUCGCCGUCCGCAACUCGCAGGCUGCAACGCUCUCGCCGUUGGAACUGCUCAAUGAUGUGCCACGGACGUUUGUGGCAAACCCGGCACUGGUGGCCGCCGCUCUGCAGGUCUUCAUGGUCAUCGCUCAGCACGAGGCUGCACGCGACGCGCUUCGCUACGCCGGCGCGCUCUUGCCGCCCAUCGAGGUCCUUGCUCUGGUCCCGCCUUCGCUCACUGCGCGCGUCCUGCAGGUUCGCGCCCUCGCUGCCAAGACGCUGCUGUUCAUGUCAGCGUCCGAGGCAGCACUCGAGCCGAUGAACGUUCUUGGCGUCUUUACCUCUAUCCAGCGCUGCCUCGACUCGUCGUCGCCGGCGUCGCCGCUCGCGCCGAACGGCUUGUCGACCCUCUCGGAUACCCUGGCCAACACGAUGAACUCGUGGCUGGAGGACGUGCUCCGUCUCGCGGCCGCGCUCUGCGCCAAUGACCGCGUCCGUGAGCACGCCGGCGAGACCUUUCCACUCAGCUCUGUCGUCGGCCACAUGGUGGCUUCGUCUGGCCGUCAGCAAGCGUACGCCUUGGCGACACUGUCGUACGUGGCCAAGUCCGAGUGGUCGCAUGACGGCCUUGUAGCGUCUGGCGGCGCCAUGGCGCUCCUCAACGUUAUCCGCGGCUCGUCGUCGGUCCAUGCCCAAGUCCUUGCCGCCUCGGGCCUCAAAGCCGUGGUCAAGACCUCGCCGCGCUGCCGUGCUCUCCUGGUCACUCGCGGUGGUGAUAAGGUUCUCGUUGCGCAGCUCGAGGCACUGCAACUCGUCCCUCUCUCCUCGCUGCAGGCCGGCCAGCGGAAGCUGCUCUCGCUUGUCCUGCAAAUGUACGUCGGCCUCGUUGGCGACAGCAAGCACGCCGACCGACUGCUACUCGCCGAACCUCCAGCACGUCAUCUGUACCUGCAGACGCCGCGCGCCUUGCUGGUCGCGUUUCUCCAUGACGAGAAGCGCUUCACCGCGGCAUCUGUCUUGGACAUGUUCCUAGAGCUGGCCAAGGCUAGCAACGCGCUCUGGUUCUGCGUCGACGAGCUCGGUGGCUUAGAGCGCGCCGUGGCCUGGACCGCCAACGACAACAUGCUGACCCAGUUCAACGCCAUGCUCCUCAUCCGCAAGAUUCUGGCGCUCGACAAGGACGAGCUCCUCGACCGCUCACCAACCAUGGCCGCUCCGCACAAAGUUGUGACGUCGGUCACUGCUGCGCUAGACUCGUCGUCGCCGCAGCUCGUUCUCCUCGCGCUCUCAGUCCUCCGCGCUUUGCUCGAGUUCUCCACCGCCGAGCCGCUGGUCUGCGUGCCGGACAUCCGGGACGCUGUCUCGCGACUGCUCCUCGUCCCAGACCAGUCGCGGCAAAUCAAGGACGUCGUCCGUGCGCUCUGUCACGAAAUGGAUGCGUCGCCGGCAAGCUCGACCGCCUCGGCUACUGUCUCGCUCGCCAAAGCCAUGCACGAUACUGCUGCAGGCAUGAAGCCCGCAGGCGCGGGCGGCUCGUCCAAGUGGUCCAAGGUUCGCACCGUCGUCCACUCUUCGCUCGGCCAAAAGGCAGCUAUGGAGGCGUUCCGCGACCGCACUGCCGCUCAAAACGCCGACGCCGCUCCAGCAGCCUCCUCGCAGUCGCUCCAGUCGGCACUGGAUGUGCUCGAGUCGCUCGACUCGUCGGCUGUCAUCAUGUCGCCGGCGCGCGAGAAGAACCUACAGCCGAAGGCCACCGGUCGCUCCCCACAGCGCAAGCUGACUGUUGCCGAGACUUCGUCGUUGCUCAACUCCUCGCGCGAUGCCGACGGCGUUCCCCCGCUCACCCGUUCCGCAUCGGGACACGACUCGGUCAACUCGAUGCGCCGCUACAAGUCCAACAUGGCGUCGUCACCCAAGGGCGGACUGGCCCUUGACGUGCUUGACAUCGGCGAAGCAAAUGCUGCCACAGCCAAGGACAACGUCAAGGCUAAGGACAAGGCCAAAGACAAGGGCAAGGGCAAGGGCAAGGGCAAGGGCAAGGGCAAGGGCAAGGGCAAGAGCAAGGCCUCUGACCGCAGCUCAAGCAGACGGCGGUCACGGUCGCGGUCGCGGUCUCGGGCGCGUUCCCGCUCGCACUCGCACUCGCACUCGCGGUCGAGGUCGCGGCGGCGUGGUGCGAGCCAGGACCACAGCCGCAACACGGUUGACCCUCUCCCGUCGUCCAACCUCCACAUGCGAACGUCCAUUUCUGGUGACAUGCCAACCAUGACAACGUCGCGGUCGCGCGAUGCUAUCGACGCCCUGCUGGAAACCGAGUCGAACCGGUCGACAACAUCAUCGGCCCGGCGGCGCCGGCGGCGCAAGCAGAAGAGCAUGCAGCGAAUGCACUCGUUUGCAGUGGCGCGGGACGCGGGCCGCGGGGGCCUGCUCGCCAACACCUCGGCUGCCAGCGCUGGCGCCCUCAACUACUCGUCACCCAACCUGAGACAUGGUACCGGCUCGCGUUCCACCCUGCGGCGAGUCAACACUUCGUCCAUUGACGACGCCCUCGCUCGUCUGCAGUCGGUCUCGGCCUACGGCACUAUCCGUCGUCCGAGGCGCAAAAAGGUUGGUGGCGGCGGCUCGCCGCAGCCAGACGAGCCACCUCGUCCCGCCGAGCCGAUCCGUGCCCGUGAAGGCAAGGACAAGAGCAAGGCCAAGGCUAAGAGCAAGGCCAAGGCCAAGAGCAAGGCCAAGGCCAAGGACAAGGCCGCUGAUGCGGCGACACCAAAAUCAGCUGCUCUCCGCGCAGCAGCUGCCGUUGCCGCAGUCGCCGACGUAACGGAGCCGCCCGCAACGGCUGCACCUACUGCUACCUCAGCGCUGCACGCAAGAUCGCGUAGUUCGCAGCCGAAAUCCACUGGCAAAGAAGCCGGCAAGGCGGUUGACAACGGCGACGAUGGCGGCGCAUCCUCCUCCGCCUCCUCCUCGUCAUCUUCCUCGUCGUCCUCGUCGUCGUCCUCGUCGUCGUCCUCGUCGUUGUCAGCCGUCAAGCUCCCACCCGCCCGCCCGCGCAAGUCGGUGCUGGACUCGUCGUCUUCCGGAGACUCUGUGGUCGAGCUCGGCUGAUGACGUCGAGGGUGGACAGUUUACGCACUGUUUCGGUCGCUACCGCAGCUGCAGCGUCAGAGCAGCUCGUCGUCGAAAAAGUCGUCGCCGUCGUCACCGGCAGCGGCGGGAGCCUCAUACCCGUGGUUGAUGUCCUGGGCGCGGUAAAGGUCAGCAACCUGGUGCGAGGACGUGGCGUUUUCGGGCGUUUUGUCCUCACGGAGGCGGACAAA